AUGUCUGAUAAAAUUAACUUAAAAACCGAGGUUUUAACCGAAAAUGAAGAAAAUUGUUUUACAACUCAGGAACAAACAGAAAAUAAUGCAGGAACAUCCACCAUCGAUGUUCAACCAAAUGAAAAUGAAACUGUUACCCAUUCUGUUGAAACUACAAGUCUUUCAUCUGUUGUUGGUGAUAAUGCUGAUUUAACAACGUUAUCGAGAACUGAAACUAUUCCUGUUGAGUCUUCAUCGUCUAGGGAAACACUGGAAGGAUGGACUUCUCCAAUUUUGGAGGCCGUUAAUGGAAUGGUUCAACCUCGUGUAGUUCCUCCCAUUGGAAAACCAGUUCGUUGGACAAACCAAUUGGAUUUUCUUAUGAAAGAUGUUCUCAAACAAGCUAAAAAUCAUAAACAUGCUUGGCCUUUUCAGAGACCUGUUGAUUCUAUUAAAUUAGGAAUUCAGGACUACCACAAUGUUAUUAAACGGCCAAUGGAUUUGGGUACAAUAGAAAAACGUUUAAAGAAUAUGUAUUAUUAUUCAGCUCAGGAAUGCAUGAAGGAUUUUGAACAAAUUUGGUCAAAUUGUUAUAAAUUCAAUCAAUGUGAAGAUGAUGUCACUUUAAUGUGCAAAAACGUUGAAAAUUUGUACCGUGAUCGUAUGAAAAAAUUUCCGAAUGAGGAAUGUGAAAUCCCUUUUCCUAAUCAGAAGAAAGGUGGAAACAAAGGUGCAAUCAAAAAAAUUGUUCGUGCAACUUCAACAACUACAAAAGGUACUAAUAGUCCGUCUAAUAGCUUGUGUGAAUCUGCAACAGCAAUUUUAAGCUAUUUUCACAAUGCUACUUUACAAGGUGCUCGCAAAUUUUUGGCAAGUCGCGAGUCUUCUGCACAACGUGGUCUUCCUGACAGUUCUUCAUCUAUUGGGGUAAUUAAAUUGGAAAGUGAUUCUAUUGAUGAUCAAAAAGGGAAAGGCGUCAAAAGGAAAGCUGAUACAACAACAAGUUUUGAUGAAGAUCAAGGACCUUCUUCUAAACAAAUUUUGCCAACAAAACGUGAAGUUAGACCAAUAAAGAAAGGUCCACCUCAAAUUGAUUAUCAACAACUUAAACCUCGUUUGAAAGGAAAACCUAAUGAACAAAUGAAAUUUUGCACAAAAUUAUUAACUGAGCUUAUGAUUUCUAAAAAGUGUAAAGGUUUCAAUUGGGCAUUUUUGGAACCUGUUGAUGUUGAAGGAUUAAAGCUGUUUGACUAUUACGACAUUAUCAAAGACCCUAUUGAUCUUGGCACAAUAAGAAGAAAAAUGGAUGCUCGACAAUAUGUUACUCCAGAAGAAUUCAAAAGUGACAUUAUGCUCAUGUGUGACAAUUGUUUUACUUACAAUCCUGAGGGGCAAAUAGUCAAUAAACUUGGCAAACAGCUUCUGGAUUAUUUUAAUGCCCGUUGGAAGCAUUUACCGCCUGAAACUAAAGAAGAAAUUCAUCAACAACUUCCAGUUUUACAUAAGGAAGAACCAAAAGAACAACAACCUCCUUUUAUUCCUUCAUUUAAAAAUGUAAAACCUUCAAUUUCUUCGAAUAUACCAUCUUUGUCGUCUCAAUCCGCUAAAUCAAUGGAUGAUGAUGAUCAAAUAGAUUUAAUGCUUUAUCAUGUUAAUGAUAAACUUACUCAACUUCAACAAUAUAACCAAGAACUAAUUUCACUUAAGUAUAUAUAA